AUGUUAUGGUUUAGUGAACCACGAUACUAUUCAUUUGUUGCAAUACAUGUAUAUGGUUUUGUUGUUUCAUUUGUUUUCCAUUUGGGCCCACGUGCUGCUACAACAACACCUGGAAGAAUGAGCUCGAAGAGAAACAACAAGGGUGGAGGUGGAAGUCGGUUUGGUGCAUCCUCUGUACAAUUACAAUUUUUUCCUUCAUCAUCAACACCUCUUCAAAUUACUGUUGAUGAUGCUGUGUUUGAAAACUCCGGAAUAUUUGCGAAAACUCCAUUCAGGAAAAGUUUGGAAUCACCUUCUGCAUGGAUGUCACAUUGGUUUUCUUUUGUGCCUGGUCCAAGAGUUGAUACAGGUGAAAGAAGCUAUGAUGCUCCUAGGGUAAUGAAACAAUUAUGUGAACAUACAACUUCAGUAUAUGCAAAUGCUCGGGAGGUUUUAGGAGAUGAAACUCCUGAUUCCAUUCUAAAGAAAAGAUUCUCAAAAAAAGGCGAAAAGACUCGACAAGAAUCAAAUCUUCCAGUAUGUUUAUUUUCUUCGCUUUUUUGCACAGAGCUUUCGUUCUCAAAAUGGUGGGUCAAUUAA